UGUCGAGCUCGGGACGCGUUGGUUCAACGCGCAGGAGAUUAGGCUUAUUUGGGAAAGGUGCCAACAAUGACGCAACGCGUUUUUGUCUCAUCCCACUCUGGACGGUACCGCCUUGCAUCCACAACGAAGUUCAACCCUCUCCCGCAAUGCGACCGCUUUGAAUCCUUACCACAAAACCAUCGGUCGCAUAAUUCGAUAUGGCGCUUCCUCUAGGCAUCUUCCUUGGCGGCUGCGUGGUCGCCAUUCCUGUCGUUACUGGUGUCGCGCAAGGUGUCGAGCACCAAAAGAAGCAGAACGAAGAAGCCGCCAACGAGUCGCGCAUGUGGAAGUUCAACUGCCUUGUAGCCUGCGAUGAUCCCGAUCCGAUCGCGAAAGAAGAAGUCAACAAUGGCAUCCUCGUUGUGCGCCACGAUAAAGUCUGGGUUGUGCCGAGGGACGCGGAUAACAAACCGAUGUGGCCGGAUGGGGUAGACGGUGAAGGACGGGAGCCGUUGCAUCCAUUUGCAGGUUUCUAUAUUGCAUAUCCUGACGAGGAUCGCUGCCCCCCGGAAAGGGGACUGGUUAGCACCAUCAGCGACGACCCGCCUAUGCUGAACUGGAUAUACUGCGACAGAGAGACGUAUGAGCUACGCUACUCGAAUCGCACGGGCAGUAUCGUGCAUCAUGUAGGCGUUUGGGACUGGACCGAAGACGAGACCCACCUGACAUUCGACGGCUGGGAAGGCUUCAUGGCUAUCGACGAAUGGGAUGGUGCUGAUGAAGAUCCCGAUACACCGUGGGGCAAAGAAGGACUACGCUGGGCAGUAUACUUCGACAAAGACGACAACGGGCUCAAGGGGAGACAUAAAGGAAGGGACAUGUUCGAGAUCAGUCUCAAGCGCCGGAUACAGAGUGCCGAAGAGCAACUGAAGCAGAAUGAAGCAGCGGAGAAGAAAAUGCAAGUCAAGAGUAGAGGUGGUCUCAGUACUCAAUUCGCUGCACCGCAGAAGGAGAGAGACAAAGAGUGGGAGAAGAAGUUUGGCGAGAAAGCGAGGCAGGAGUUGGAAAAGAAAUUAGCGAAAGACAAAGAGGAAGGGCAGGGACCAGAGUGGGCCAGAGGCGAUGUUGGAAAAGAGAGCUGAGGAAGGACGAGAGACAAGAUGUCCAAUGUGCUGGACGACGGUGUUUGUCAAUUUGGUGUACGCGAUGAUGCUCCUGAGCUCAACUAGCGCUGGAAGUUUGUCGUUUUGACUGUUCACAUAUCGAAUCGCGUUAUAGCUGAGGAAGAUUGAUAGCAAUCUACCACGCUACGGGACUAUCGGCUGCUUUCGGACGCCAACGACUCAUUGUCGUCCUUGGGUUCAGCCGGUUCAGACGCCUCCACUACCUGCAGGUAGUCUUGUCAAACCAUCGACAGGAUGCUCUCACUACCUGGCAUCAAGCUGGUCACGGUUAUACACUGCACACUCGUCCCCGUCAUGCGAGAUAGACGGCUCAGCAGAGGAUCGCGUUCUGGAGAAGAAAGUUUGGCACGUGGCUCAAGAGGUGUGGC